AUGGUCAACGAGGCAUUUAAUUUCACGCUUCAACAUGGAAGUGAAGACACAACAGCAAUUGAACAUGGCGAAGAUGAUGAAGACGUGUUGCCAUACUUAUAUAAAGGUCCAAGUCGCGCGACGCGGAAUUUUAACGAUCUACGGUCCGAUGGAGAGCAGGAGCUAUAUCCCGGAUGCUCAAAGUACUCCAAAUUAUCAUUCUUAGUAAAGCUUUAUCAUAUUAAGUGUAUAUGCGGUGUGAGUGACAAGGCAAUGACCAUGAUUCUUGACUUACUGUUGGAUGCAUUCAAACAAGCAAAACUUCCAAAGACAGUAUAUGAAGCUAGGAAGACAAUAAAAAAAUUGGGUAUUGAAUACACCAAGAUAGAUGCUUGUUCAAAUGAUUGUAUGCUGUAUCAAGGUGAUGAUGAAAACUUGACCAGGUGCAAGCAAUGUGGGUCUUCAAGAUGGAAGCAGAAGACUAAAAAGGGCUCUAUUGUUAGGCUCAACGUACCUAUGAAGAGAAUUGGGAAACCUAUAGUAGCCAAGACUCUUCGACGUCAUCCUCACCUUCCUCCAACUUAUCACCGAUACAAGACAUCAACUGACAUCUUAUGGCAUAAAGAAGCGUGUAAUAAUGAUGGUUUGCUUAGGCAUCCAAGGGACGCUGAAGCAUGGAAAAAGUUUGAUACAAAGUAUACUAACUUUUUGAAGGAUCCGCGCAAUACAUAUUUUAUUCUAUCCACGCUUAUUCCUGGGCCGAAAAUGCCAGGUAAUGACAUAGAUGUUUACUUGCAGCCUUUGGGACACAAAUACAAACUAGACUGGAAUAGAUUUGACGGACAAGUCGAAGGUAGAGAUCCACCGAAGAAGUUAUCUGGAACAGAUGUAUUGAGGCAACAGUCUAAUGUGCACGAUCAGAUGUUGCGUCAUAACCUUGAUGUGAUGCAUGUAGAGAAAAAUGUCCGUGAUAAUGUGGUAUUCACUAUCUUAAACGAUAGCGACAAAUCAAAAGACAAUCUUAAAGCUCGCAGAGAUUUACAAUGCAUGGGCAUAAGGCCUGAAUUGUGGCCAGACGAAGGUGGUAAAUAUCCUUCUGCUGUAUUUGUGAUGUCAAAUUCACAGAGGGAUGUAUUUCUGAAGACUCUGCAGAAUGUGAUCUUUCCAGAUGGUUACUCUAGCAAUGUUGCUCGUUGUGUUGAUUUGUGA